GUGAACACAAUUUUCCAAGCACAUGUUAUUUUUGUAAACAUUGUUUCAAAAAACUCUGGUUGUCACUAAAAUAUCAGUUUAAUUUAUGUUAAUUUGAAAGAAUCUGAAAACACAAAACCAGUUACCAUGAAAAAUCGUUCCUCGAAAAGCAUCAGACGAAAGGAUGCAUUCAUAAAAAAGAAUGAAGAAAGCCAAAAGAAAGAACUCGAUGUGUUAUUACCUGGAACAGGUGGUUUCAUUGAACCCGAUCAUAACGAAAAAACUUAUCAAAUAAAUCAAAAUGAAAUCGUUUCUUCCGUCGAUUUAACCAGUGCUACUAAAUGUUUUGAUUUAAAGUUGGGUUAUGGACCAUACGUCGUCAAUUAUUUUAGGAAUGGUCGUCAAGUGUUGAUUGGCGGUGAAAAGGGUCAUGUUGCGGCCAUGGAUUGGGUGACAAAAAAACUAAUUUGUGAAUUUAAUGUGAUGGAAUCAGUUCAUGCCAUAAAAUGGUUACAUAUGCCCAAUAUUUUUGCUUGUGCCCAGAGAGAUUGGGUUCAUAUUUAUGACGACAAAGGAACCGAAAUUCAUUGUUUAAAAAAACUCUAUAAAGUUAACCAAAUGGAAUUUUUGCCUCAUCAUUUUUUAUUGGUCACAGCUUCUGAGCAAGGAUUUUUAUCUUGGACCGAUACAACGUGUGGAAAAUUGAUUGCUCAGUUUAGACCAGCAAAAGUAAAAAAAAUCAUGAGUAUGGCUCAAAGUUAUACAAACGGUGUAAUUUUGACUGGUCAUUCGAAUGGUGUUGUAAACAUGUGGACUCCAAACAGCCAAGACCCUGCUAUUCAAAUGCUCUGUCAUUCUGGAUCAUUGACUGAUAUCGGUAUCACAUCUGAUGGUACAAGAAUGGUGUCAUUAGGGACAGACAGAAAGAUGAAAUUAUGGGACAUAAGAAUGUUGAAACCAUUGAAAAGUUAUAGUUUAAAAUCCAUAGGUUCAUGUAUUGAUGUAAGUCAGCGAGAUUUGAUUGGAGUUAGCUUUGGAAAUAUUGUUCAGAUUUUCAAAGAUUGUUGGAAUACAGAACUUAAAGAGCCUUAUUUGCGUAGUAAAUCCAAUGGAUUGAUAAAAAGUAUAAAAUUUUGCAAUUUUGAAGAUGUAUUGGGCAUCGGCCAUGAAAAUGGUUUCUCAAGCAUUUUGGUUCCAGGAGCAGGGGAACCUAAUUUUGACGCUCUAGAGAGCAAUCCAUUUAUGACAAGCUCGCAAAGACGAGAAAUGGAGGUUAAAAUGUUGCUUUCUAAAAUACCAUCCGAAUUGAUAAAUGUGGAUCCCGGAAUCAUAGGAAAAUUUGCUAUCAAACAACUACAGCAAAAGGGUCUUGAAAAUACUAAAAAAAGUAAACUUAAAAAAAUUAACGAUUUUUCCAAUGUUUUGGAUAGAUUUAUAAAAAAAAUGAAAUAAAAUCUAUUUGAAGUUAAA